AUGGAUGACAUGCAGUGUAAACCCUACCAGGCACUGUCCAAAGCACGACAUGACAUGGACAUGUCAUACACAAGCUCAUCUGAUGAAGGCGAAGACAGCCGGAACCAACCCAAGUCUUACACCGCCCGUGAAACCCUUCCUGACUAUAGCAAAGACCUGAGACUCAGCUACAGCAGCCACAACAAAUGUCAGAAGCCCCUCACUGAGCAGACACAAGAUUUGGAAUUUGGCAAGUCUGCUCACAUGCUGAGUACCAGCUUUCAGGAGGAGCUGUGCUCUGGUCCACAGCUUGGCUUCUCACUUGGACCUGGCUCUGACGUGGACACUGAGGUGGAGGGUGAACCGUCACCCAGCCAUGCGCUGCACCUGUGGAUGCAGGAUGUCAAAUCUGAGCCGAGUUCCUGUUUGUCCAGCCGAGCCAACUCGAUGCUGUCCCUCACUGACACAGAACAGGAGAGGAAAUCAGAGGCAGAGACUGAGUUACCGAGCAGUCCUGGUGGUCAGUUCACGUUCAGACCCCUGCCUCCACCCCCCCCGCCCCCCCACGCCUGUACCUGUGCCCGUCCAGCUGCUUAUGCCCACGUGACCUUACAGAGGAGCACCGUGCCAGGCCGCGGCCAGAGCAGCCAGCUCUGUGAGUCCAGUGCUGGGCAGAGCGAUAACAUCCAGCUCCAGAGAAGCUGGGUCCUGAACAGCAACAUUCCCCUGGAGACCAGGCACUUCCUUUUCGAACAUGGCUCGGGCUCCUCUGCGCUGCUGAAUGCAUCAAACCAAAACUAUGCUCUCACCUCCAGCACCGUGUACUCUCCACCUCCACGCCCCCUUCCCAGGAGCAACCUCUCCAGGCCUCUCUUCACCUUCAACAAGACCUACAAGUGCUGCAACUGGAAGUGCACGGCCCUCAGCGCCUCUGCCAUCACCAUAACCCUGGCCCUGCUUCUCACCUACGUGAUUGCGGUCCACCUGCUGGGCCUGACCUGGCAUCUCCGACCGGCCGAGACGCAGCUCUAUGAGAACGGCCUCCGCAAGCCCAGCGUGGAAACAGACGGCGGACCCAGCGGUCUACCGCCCCUGGACACCUACAGCCUGGACAGAACCCUCAGAGUCCCCACAGGAGAUAAAUACCAGCGUGGUCGAGCCAUUGACCGUGGGGGGGUGGACAUUGGGACCCAGGUGGUACAGGUCAUCCCUCCAGGUCUUUUCUGGCGUUUCCAUAUCUCUGUGCACCAUCCCACCUACAUCAAGUUCAAUCUGUCGCUCUCCCGUGACGCACUCCUCGGCAUCUACGGCAGGAGGAACAUUCCACCGACUCACACACAGUUUGACUUUGUCAAGCUUCUGGAUGGGAAACAGUUGAUCAAACAGGAAGGAAAAGGUUCAGAGGUCUCAGGCUCCGCCUCCAGAAACCUCCAGCUCAGCUCCCUGCAAGAGACAGGCUUUAUUGAGUACAUGGACCCCGGCACCUGGUACCUGGCCCUGUACAAUGACGGCAAGAAAAUGGAACAAGUCAUCGUCCUCAGCUCCCUGAUAGAUACCAUGGACAGCUGCUCCACUAACUGUAAUGGAAACGGAGAGUGUGUGGCAGGUCACUGUCACUGCUUCGCUGGGUUCCUGGGACCCAACUGUGAGAGAGACACAUGCCCAGUUCUGUGCAGUGGGAAUGGUGUGUAUGAGAAAGGACAGUGUAUUUGUCAUACUGGCUGGAAGGGUCCAGAAUGCAGCAUCCAAGAGGACCAGUGUUUGGACCCUACCUGCUCCAACCAUGGCAAGUGUGUACAGGGCAUCUGCAUCUGUAUCCCCACAUACAAGGGCAACAACUGUGAGCAAGUGGAUUGCCUGGACCCUCAGUGUGCUGGUCACGGGGUAUGUGUGAAGGGGGAGUGUCUGUGUUCAGCCGGCUGGGGAGGGCUCAGCUGUGAGAACCCCCUGCCAGCCUGCCAGGAUCAGUGUUCAGGGCAUGGCACAUACCUGCCAGAGACUGGAACCUGCAGCUGUGAGCCUAACUGGACUGGUGCUGACUGUUACACUGAGGUGUGUCCAGUCCCCUGCGGCUCUCACGGCGUGUGUUCUCAGGGGCGGUGUCAGUGUGAAGAUGGUUGGGAGGGGCUGGCAUGUGAGCAGCGGGCGUGUCAUCCUCGCUGUGAGGAGCAUGGACAGUGUGUGGAUGGGAGGUGUCAGUGCCACCCAGGCUGGGAGGGAGAGCACUGCUCCGUGGAUGGUUGUCCUGGCCUCUGUAACGGAAAGGGCCGUUGUACUCUGGAGCAAAGUGGUUGGCGCUGUGUGUGCCAGGUGGGCUGGAGUGGUCCAGGCUGUGACGUCGUCACAGAGAGAGAAUGUAAUGACGACACAGACAACGACGGAGAUGGUCUUGUAGACUGUGUGGACCCAGACUGCUGUGAGCAGGUGAGCUGCAGCAGACAGGCCCUGUGUCAGGGAGCCCCUGACCCUCUCACCCUGCUCCAGCACAGCCAAAGCCCCUCACCCCCCAUCACCCAGCCAGCCCAGCACUUCUUCCAGAGGGUCCGCUUUCUCAUAGGCAAGGCUGGCACCCACACUCUCCACGGAGAUGUCCCCUUCCCCAGCAGCUCUGUGGCCGUGCUGCGUGGGCAGGUGCUGGCCGAGGACGACACACCUCUGGUUGGAGUGAACAUCACAUUCCUCCAACACCCUGAGUACGGCUUCACCCUCAGCCGACCAGACGGCAGUUUUGACCUGGUGUCAGCAGGAGCAGUGUCCGUGACCCUGGUUUUUCAGAGGUCACCGUUUAUCACUCAGAGGCGCACAGUCUGGCUGCCGUGGAAUAGCUUCAUAGUGCUGGACAAAAUGGUGAUGUCCAGGGUGGAGUCUCCACCUCCGUCAUGUGACAUUAAGAACUUUGUCAGUCCCUAUCCCAUAGUGCUCCCCUCUCCUCUAAGCAGAUACACAGGGGAGUGUGCCCUGCGCGGCCCUGCUAUUCCAGAGCUCCAGGCUGUCCAGGAGGAUGUCCCCAUUCCGGGAAGCUUUGUGAAGCUGAGCUACCUGAGCACCAGGGCUCCAGGCUACCAGUCCCUACUGAGGAUCAUCCUCACACACUCCUCCGUCCCCCCGGGCCUGACCAAAGUGCAUGUCUCCGCUGUCAUAGAGGGUCGGCGGUACCAGAAACAGUAUCCGGCUGCACCAGGCCUGGUCCACAUCCUCAGCUGGAAUAAGACAGACAUAUACGGCCAGGAGGUGUGGGGACUGACGGAGGCAGUUGUGUCUGUGGGCUAUGAAUUUGAGUCCUGUCCAGACUUUAUUUUGUGGGAGAGGAGAACGGCUCUUAUCCAAGGCUUUGAGAUGAUUGGCUCCAGUCUCGGUGGGUGGGCCCUCGACAAGCACCAUGUCCUCAAUCUGCAGAGCGGAAUCCUCCACAGAGGAAACGGGGAAAACAUUUUUAUCUCCCAGCAGCCUCCACUGAUCGCCACGGUGAUGGGUAAUGGUUAUUAUCGCACCGUCCCCUGCUCUGGCUGCAGCGGCCCCGCCCUGGACAGCAAACUCUUCGCUCCCGUGGCGCUUACGUGCGGGCCGGACGGGAGCGUCUACGUGGGCGACUUUAACUUCGUCCGCCGCAUCCUUCCCAACGGCCACGCCUACAACAUCCUCCAGCUCAAGAACCGUGACACCAGACACAGCACCAGCCCAGCACAUAAGUAUUACCUGGCCAUGGAUCCAGCCAGCGAGGCCCUGUAUCUGUCCGACACCAGCAGCCGUAAAGUUUACCGUCUGAAGACCCUGAGCACGCCCAGAGACCCUGCCAAGAACAUGGAGGUGGUGGCGGGCACUGGGGAGCAGUGCCUCCCCUUCGACCAGAGCCACUGUGGAGAGGGAGGCAAGGCGACAGCCGCAUCACUCAAUAAUCCCAGAGGGAUUGCUGUGGACAAGCAUGGUGUUGUGUACUUUGUGGAUGGAACCAGCAUUCAGAAGAUUAAUGAGAGAGGAAUCCUGAGCACAGUCAUCGGAUCCAACGGCCUUAUGACCUCCCAGCCACUGAGCUGUGACGCACGGAUGGACAUCACUCAGGUGCGACUGGAAUGGCCCACUGACCUGGCCAUUAACCCCAUGGACAACUCCCUCUAUAUCCUGGACAACAACAUUGUGAUUCAGGUGUCAGAAAGCCUGCAAGUGCGCAUCGUGGCCGGCCGUCCAAUCCACUGCCAGGUCCCCGGCAUCGACCAAUACCUGCUCAGUAAAUCAGCCAUCCACUCCACGCUGGAGGCAGCCAAAGCCAUCGCCCUGUCCCAUCAGGGCGUUCUCUUCAUCGCAGAGACAGACAACCGUAAAAUCAACCGCAUUCAGCAGGUCACAACAAACGGCGAGAUCUCGGUCGUGGCAGGCGCAGCCACGGAAUGUGACUGUAAAAUCGACCUGAACUGCGGCUGCUUCUCAGGUGACGGAGGCUACGCCCGUGAUGCCCGGCUGGAAUCUCCCUCUUCGCUGGCAGUGGGGCCCAACGGCACGCUCUACAUCGCCGAUCUGGGUAACAUCCGUAUCAGGGCAGUGAGCCCCAACCGACCACAGCUCAGCGCUGCGGGCACGUAUGAGAUUGCCUCAGUGGUGGACCAGGAACUCUACGUGUUCAGUGCCAACGGCACACACCUCCACACCAAGAACCUCAUUACUGGCGAUUACAUGUAUAAUUUCACCUACACGGCAGACGGGCGUUUGGGUGCCGUGAUUGGUCGUGAUGGGAAUGCCGUACAUGUGCGACGUGACACAAAUGGAACGCCCCUUUGGCUGGUGGCGCCGGGGGGUCAGGUGUACUGGUUAACUGUCAGCAACAGCCACGCCCUCAAGAGAGUCUCAGCCCAAGGCCACGACAUCGCCCAACUCACUUACCACGGCAACAGUGGUCUCCUAGCAACCAAGAGCAAUGAGAAUGGCUGGACAACUGUUUAUGAGUAUAACAGUGAAGGCCAUGUCAUUAACAUCACCUUCCCAACCGGAGAAGUCAGCAGUUUCCACGGCAACAUGGAGAAGUCUGUCAGAGUGGAAGUAGACAGUUCAAACUCAGAGAACUUUGUCACAAUCGCAAACUUCUCGUCCACUGAGACCAUUUUCACCUUCCGCCAAGACCACACCCAGAGCACAUACCGUGUCAGUGCUGAUGGAUCUUUCCAAAUGACCUUCUCCAGUGGAAUGGACGUGACCCUGAGCACAGAACCAUACGUGUGGGCCGGCGUGGUCAGCCCGGCAGUCAGCAAAUGUAACAUCACUCUACCCAGUGAACGGAGCCCCAGUCUCAUCGAAUGGAGGCAGAGACGGGAACAAGCCAAGACCAACUCCACAGCCUAUGAGAGGAGACUCAGAGCUCAUAACAGAAAUCUGCUGUCCAUAGACUUUGACCAGGCCACACGAGUGGGCAAGAUUUAUGAUGACCACCGCAAAUUUACCCUCAGGAUUCACUAUGAUGCACUUGGCCGCCCUAUUCUGUGGUCACCCAGCACUAAAUAUACUGAAGUGAAUGUCACUUAUUCUUCUUCGGGCCUCGUAACCAACGUUCAGCGAGGAAACUGGUCUGAGCGGCUGGAGUACGACAGCGGUAGGGUUGUGUCCAGAGCCUGGGUCAGUGGCAAAAUCUGGAGCUACUCAUUUGUGGAAAAGUCAGUUAUGCUGCUUCUGCAUAGCCAGCGUAGGUAUGUCUUUGAGUACGACCAGGCCGACCGGCUGCUGGCCGUUACCAUGCCCAGCAUGGUACGGCACAGUCUGCAGUCCAUGCUGUCCGUGGGCUACUACCGAAACAUCUACAGCCCCCCCGACAGCAAGGCCUCCAUCAUUCAAGACUUUGCCCGAGACGGACGCCUGCUGCAGACGCUGUACCUGGGCACCGGCAGGCGCAUCAUCUAUAAAUACACCAAACAGGCCCGACUCGCGGAAAUCCUCUACGACACGACUCUGGUUACAUUUACUUAUGACGACUCCUCCGGCCUGAUCAAAACCAUUCACCUAAUGCACGAAGGCUUCGUCUGCACAAUCAGAUACAGGCAAACGGGUCCGCUGGUUGGCCGUCAGAUUUUCCGCUUCAGUGAAGAGGGGCUGGUUAAUGCUCGUUUUGACUACAGUUACAAUAAUUUCAGAGUAACCAGCAUGCAGGCCAUGAUCAACGAAACACCACUGCCUAUCGACCUGUACCGUUACGUGGACGUCUCCGGUCGCAUCGAACAAUUUGGCAAGUUCAGCGUCAUCAGUUACGACCUCAACCAGGUUAUUACCACUCACACCAUGAAGCACACCAAGAUCUUUAAUGCGUACGGCCAAGUGAUCGAGGUCCAGUAUGAAAUACUUAAGGCCAUUGCUUAUUGGAUGACAGUACAGUAUGACAACAUGGGCCGCACCGUUGCCUGUGACAUCAGAGUCGGAGUGGACGGCAACAUCACUCGCUACUCCUAUGAGUACGACGCCGACAGCCAGCUCCAGACCGCGUCGGUAAACGACCGGCCACUCUGGCGCUACAGCUACGACCUGAACGGCAACAUGAACCUCCUGAGCCACGGCACCAGCGCGCGGCUAACGCCACUUCGUUAUGAUCUGCGUGAUCGUAUCACCAGACUGGGCGAAGUCCAGUACAAGGUGGAUGAUGAUGGCUUUCUGCGCAUGCGAGGCAAUGACAUGUUCCACUACAACUCAAACGGACUGCUGACCAAGGUGUACAACAAGGCGUCAGAGCAGAGCGUUCACUAUCGUUACGAUGGCCUGAGUCGGCGAGUGGCCAGCCGCUCCAGCGGAGGGCAGCACCUGCAGUUCUUCUACGCGGACUUGGCCAACCCCACCAGAAUCACCCACAUGUACAACCACAGCAGUUCUGAGAUCACAUCCCUGUACUAUGACCUUCAGGGCCAUGUCAUUGCCAUGGAGCUCAGCAGCGGGGAGGAGUACUACGUGGCCUGCGACACCACAGGCACUCCCCAAGCUAUUUUCAGCAGCCGUGGAAAAAUAGUGAAGGAAAUCCUUUACACUCCAUACGGGGACAUUUACCGAGACUCCAACCCCUCAUUCCAGCUCAUCAUCGGCUUCCAUGGAGGCCUCUACGACCCCGUGACCAGAUUGGUGCAUUUUGGAAAAAGAGACUACGAUGUAGUGGCCGGCCGUUGGACCGCUCCAAACUAUGAAGUGUGGACGGAACUCAGCACCAACCCAAAGCCUUUUAACCUGUAUGCCUUUAAAAACAACUGCCCAGUGGGAACCAUUGAGGAGGUGACACAGUUCACAACUGAUAUUGGCAGCUGGCUGCAGCUGUUUGGUUUUCAGCUGCAUAACGUGGUUCCUGGUUUUCCUAAGCCAGAUGGAGCUGGCACAGAGCAGACCUAUGAGCUCAGAAAAACUCAGACCAAAACUCAGGAUUGGGACUCCAGUAAGGUGGUUCUGGGGAUCCAGUGUGAGCUCCAGAGGCAGCUGAGGACUUUUAUAUCUCUGGAUCGUUUACCCAUGACCUCACCUGUUGGGUCCACAGGGCAGUGCACCAACCAAAUGCCACACUUCUCCACCUUUUCCUCAAUCUUCGGCAAGGGUGUCAAAUUCGCCAUCAAAAACGGCAUGGCCUCAGCUGACAUCAUCGGUGUUGCUAGUGAGGACAGCCGACGCAUUGCUACCAUCUUACAUGGAGCUGUCUACCUAACUGGGUUACAUUUUACAGUGGAUGGCCUAGACACACACCACUUCGUCAAGCUGGGCCCCUUGGAAGAGGACUUGGCGGUCAUGGGAAAUAUCGGCGGUGGCCGUAUCUUAGAGAACGGCGUCAAUGUGACUGUAUCGCAGAUGACCAUGACGGCGGCAGGCAGGACUAGGCGGCUCGCUGACAUUCAGCUCCAGCAGGGGGCACUGUGUCUGAAUGUGCGUUACGGUGCCUCUGCGGAGGAGACCAAGGAGCAUGUUUUAGAGCUGGCCAGACAGAGGGCAGUGGACCAAGCUUGGGCCCAUGAGCAAGCCCGGCUCCUGGAGGGAGACGAGGGGAGCCGUCCCUGGACAGAGGCGGAGCGGCAGCUGAUACUGUCCAGCGGGAAAGUGGCCGGUUACGAUGGUUACUUCGUCCUCUCUGUGGAACAGUACCUGGAGAUGGCCGACAGUGCCAACAACAUACAUUUCAUGAGACAAAGCGAGAUAGGCCGCAGGUAA